GCUGGGCAGGCGGCCGUUGGCGCGUCGGCGGCAGGCACAGUGGCUGGGGCCGCAGCUACCUCAACUGGAGGGUGCAUGUGGUGAAUCAGGAAGGCACGACCGGGCGAAGUGCAGCCAGCAGGCCAUUGCCGUCUUCAUUGUCGAGACCAGUCCCAUGGAACAACAUCUACAGCAGCUCGACUGCUUGAGCGGGACCUCGAAGGGGAGCACUUGAGUGCCCGCCUGCCAGCGCCAAGGCAUCUAUCUUUUGGCCUCGACACACGGUCGCCCACAACUGCUGACAGCUCAAGGCUCGACCCAAGCACCACCGCCCAUCAUCACCAUGGGCAGACACGGCCCCCUGACGUCCAUGGCCCUGGGCCGCUCGCCCUACGACGACAUCAUCAUGGGCGAGGGCGAGGGCGACCCGCGCGCGCCUCUGCAGAUGUACGACGAGCGCGGCAGGCCCGUCAACCCUGAGACGCGUCGCAUCAACCGCGACAUCAUCCGCUCUCACAACGAGGUCAUGCUGGUCAUCGGCGUCGUCGAGGCCGAGAACAGCAUCGACGAGGUCCGCGCCGAGCGUGCCCGCCACAUCGCCCACCUGCAGCACGACACCCGCCUUGCCCACCGCUUCGAGUGGGCCUCGCGCGCCUGCGAGCUCGCCGGCGUCUGGGGCAUCGCCGGCUUGCGCCACCGCAUCCUGCUCUACCGCGAGUACUCGCACGUCCCCGUCCCGCGCCUGCCCUGGCAUGAGCUGCAGCAGCGGUCGCUGCGCAAGCUGUUGUGGGAUGGGCUGCCCGCUUUCGUCGUGGCAAACGCCAUGGAGCUGCCUUUCUUCGGCCGGCGUAUCAUGAGCAGCACUGCUCUGAAAUGGGGCUUCACCUACAUCCAGACGAUGCUCAAGGCCUGGAUCUUCUUGUCCCGCACUUCACUCCUGCCCGCAUCGGCUUCGUCUUGGUUCCCCGGCUGCAAGUACUUCAUCCCGUUCACCUCGUCAUCUAUCAUCCCUCCAUGCCCUCUACCCACCGCGCUCACCUCUCGAUCCGUGGCUUCAUGGCUGGGAAGCGUCGGUCUUGCUCUCGCCCCGGUCCUGGGUCUAUGGUUCUCGGAAGGUCUGGUCGACUGGGUGAGGGAGUUCUUCUAUGAGGUCUUCUACGAUCUUCUCCCGAACCCAUCAGGCCCAGAACUAAGCCCAGUCUUAUCCAAUGCCAUCGUUCAACGAGCUACCACCAAUGCAGACGACCCUGCCCAGCCUCAAACACCGCCAGGCCCUGUGCCCACCCUCUCGAACGCCGCCGAAUCCCUACCCGUUCGCGUUGGAGGUGAUUCGGAUGGGGCCACGCCUGGCGAAGCAAACGUGUGGGAGGUGCCUCAGACGGCGGAUGCUCCAGCCCCGCCGGCAUCGGAUCCUGAUGCUCCCCCCCGAGAACGCAGCCAGUCUCCCCCGGCACGAAAUAGCAGAGCCGGCCGGCCCGACACGCGCCGGCGUUCCAGCCAUCGCCCCCAGCCAUUCCAGACCGCCGAUACCGACGAUUUUACCGAUGAGGACGAGGAUGCCAACGAGAUUGUUUCAGCCACGCUCAUUAGCUUUGACGUCGAGAACAACCCCGAGAACCCAGAUCCCAACGACGCCAAUAUCCCACCGGGAGUCUGGUCCGCAGAGCUGAGACCCAAUCCGGGCAACGACUCACAGGGUGGGGGCGGAGGGUCCGGCGGCCCUGGCGACCGUAACGGCGAGGACCGGUCCCGGCGCACGCCAAGGCUGUACAGAGACAAUGCCCUGACGCGGCUUCCCGCGACCCUUGCGGCCGAUAUGCUGGCCCGCCGGGCCGCCUCGCUACUCCUCGCGCCCAUGGAGGCCAUGAUGCUGAGGUACAUUGCUGAGAGCUGGUGCCGGCCGAGGGGCCUAUCAACGGCGAGCAUUGGGGGUUUCUCGCGGGGUGUGGUGCUGAACCUGCUAGCGGUUGAAAUCGUUCACUUCCUGUUUGACGCCGAUUUGUGGGCGUCCAUCUCAAUGGUGUCGAAUGAGUUCGUCAUCUCGUCUGCGGAGUGGGAGAAGUUGCAGAAGGAGGAGCAGGAGAGACAGCAGCGACAGCAGCAGCAGCCAGAGGAAAGGGCCGUCGGGAGACCAGAAAAUUCUGGAGUGAGGAAUGAGCCAACGGGCUAGAGACUCGGGCGAAUUCGUCGCCGCAUUUCUCGAGACAAACGAGUCGUCCCUGCAGGUGGACGAACCUCUCAAACCUGCCACUUUACGAAUUGCUCUGGCAAUCUAUUUUUUUGACAUACAAUCUGACCGGGGGAUUUGAACCUCUGGACCUCGCGAGAGUGAUGAUCAAUCGCUUUCCCGAGUCGCGAAGUUCCUCAGCUUGGAGGGAUCUCUUUAUACAGUGGCGGGCACAAGACGGUGAUUUCCCGCGGGGAAAUGUUCUGGAUGCAGUCAUCGCUGACCUUGGGAACUCAAAUGAAAGUGAAGGAUUGGUACCCGUCGUUGAGGCAUUGAGCAGAGCCUUGCAGGCGUCACAUGAUCCGCGGGCACCAAGUCCAGGCAACAGUGCAGGAUGCUGAACUCCCAGUUCAGAUGGAGACCGAUUAAUGCUGGUUAUGAGCACCAUUGUGCUAGCGUCUUAGGAACGUUAAGCUACUGAAGGCGUGGGUAUGGGUCAUAUCACAGGGGUUGCCCUCGGCCUGAGGUGCUUAUCCAGCUUCGUGCUGUGACGCAAGUACGCGUACAGUUCGACUAUCGCACAAACCAUUACAGCAAUACAGCUACGUAGAAGGAUGAAAGAAAAUUAUACACUUCCUCG